CAAUAUGACAAUACAAUGGGUUUAUAUACCACCUCCUUAAAAGACAGAAACAUAAUGUUGCAGAAGUCUGACCAUUCGUGGAAUCUUCAGCAAGAUGCUAGUGGAUCAAAACGUAUUUUAUUCGAUAUGCAUAUGGUUUUGGCUACUAAGAGAAUGUUUCAAGCUGAAACUGAGUUCGGCCAAAAUAAAAAUUCUCAGUUAACUAAAUCGGAAGGGGCUUCACUCAUGCCUAUGUCAGAUAUAUACUCUAAAGAACAAAAGGGGGAUCAACGAUUAGUUUUGCCAUUCAGUUUUGAAAAAUCUAUUUCUAUAAAUAAUAGAGAACUUAUUCUUUCUUCAGAUCCUUACCUAAUAAGUGAAAUACAAUAUCCCUACCCAGUGAAUGAAAUGCAGUGUGAAGAACAGGAGAGGUAUUUAAUAUUGCAAGAUAUAACAUCCUAUACUGGGACAUUUCGAAGACCAAUUCUCACUUCAGACUCCUAUUCAAUGGAUGAGAUACAAUAUCAGAAUCAAAAUUUUGUUCCUUCAUCACAAAAACUACACCCGGCUAAAGGGGUAUUAUCAGUCAUCUAUUCAGAAAAAGCAGUACAGGGUAGUCUAGUCAGUAAUGCAUUCCCUAACGCACAUUUAGCGAAUAUCGCUGGGGUAAUUCGAUCACUUCAAACUGGAGAUGAUAUGCGACAUACAUCAGGGCUAGCUGAUCAAUAUAAUAUUCAUGUUUAUAGUUCUGCCCCUCCACAGAUUUCAACAGAAAGAUCGAACCCAGACACUCUUUGGCAAUAUACUUAUGAAAAUUCACCUAUAUCUAGGCCACCUCUUCCUGAAUAG